UUACAAGAAGUAGUGGCUUGUGGCAACAAGUCCUUUUCAGAGGAUUUUAAACCUAGAAGGCAUUUUUGACUAAACAAAACUACGAAAUUUGGCAAAUUAUGACCAAACAAAUGAACAAACACUAGUGGUGAGAUUGUCUGUUCAAAGUCAUUCCCAGAAACUGAAACAAAAAAAAAUAAUAAUAAUAAAAAUGAUAUAAUGAUGCAUGAUGAUGAUGAAUAAAGAAGGGAAUUUUUGGGCUUUUACAAAGGAAUUUGUUGGUAUGUGUUAUAUUGCACUUGCAAACCACACUCUAGAAGGAAAAGCCUUAAAAGAAGCUAUUUACAAACAACACACAUACAUAAUAAUAGCUUUAUCAAAUUUCACAAUUUUUAUUUUCUCUUUCCCCCCUUUCUUUGGAAUCCUACCUUAAUUUCCCCUUUAUCUGCUUUUUCUCCUUUCAUUAUUUAUUUUUCCCUUUCUUUUUUGGUUCUUGAUUCCAUUGUUGAAGGACACAAGUGAAGAAUAUGAAAAAGAACACACACACACACACACACUCCAAUUCCUAGCAAUCCUCCUCCUCAUCAGCUGCCUCAAUCUUCUCGAUUAUCGAGGAUUUUGUAAUAUGGCCUUUGUUGGCCAGUAUAAAAAGCAUUAUAAACCACCCAUUUUCACAAGCACUCCCAAGUUUCCUCCUAUCAACAAUCUUAUUCUACUUCACCUGAAUUUCAACCUUCUAAAUUCAUCUUAGUUUAGUAUUUUUUUAAAGGAUAAAUUAAAGAACCCGAGAAAAGAAAGAAAGAAAAAAAAAAUGAACCGACCAGGUGAUUGGAACUGCAGGUCUUGCCAGCACCUGAACUUCCAGAGGAGAGAUUCAUGCCAGAGAUGCGGAGACCCGAGACCUGGUGGUGACUUCGGGAGCUUCCUUGGAGGCGGAGGACGAGGGAAUUCCUCGUCGUUUGGCGGGUUCUCGUCGGGUCCGGAUGUAAGGCCAGGAGAUUGGUACUGCUCAUUUGGAAGCUGCGGAGCACAUAACUUCGCCAGCCGGUCCAGCUGCUUCAAGUGUGGUGCACUUAAAGAUGAAUCCGCCGGCGCCGGCGGACCUCUCGACGGCGAUCACAUGAUGGCUCGAGGCCGGGCUUUCGGGUUUGGAAGUGGCGGAAUUAGUGGUGGCGGUGGUGGCAGUCGCUCUGGAUGGAAAUCCGGAGACUGGAUUUGCACCAGGUAGGUUUACAUAUAUAUAGUCAUUUCAUGUCAUAAUAAUAACAGCUUUGGAGGUGUCAAAAGCUUCUAGCCUUGUGGCUGGUGACAUGCAUUAGGGAGGGAAACCAAAAAACAAGCCUAUUUUUCUCUGUCUAGCAAAGUAUUUUUUUUUUUUUAUUCAUAUAGACAGCGUGAUUAUAGACAGCGUGUCUAGCAAAAUUCUUAUAUCAUUAUGUAAAGACUUUAUUCAAGUCGUGCCUGUUUUGCAUGUGCGUCGCUUACGCCAUUGGCGCUUUGCCCGCCUCUUAUGUAUAUAACACUAAUUUUUUUUCCGAUCACCUAGCCAUAUAUUACCUUCUGUAUUUUAAUGUAUUUUACUGAUCAUAGUGAAAUUGGCCUCUUAGGGUUUUUCAUUCAUACACGAUUAAUCUAGAUGACAUAUUAAGCUCAUUAGCAAACUUACUGAAUUUUUUGUUUUAACCUUUAGGCCCGGAUGCAAUGAGCACAAUUUCGCAAGCAGGACAGAAUGUUUCAGGUGCAGUGCACCAAGAGAAUCUGGCAGCAGGCCUUCCUAUUAGUUCUUUCAUAGAUCGAUUCUCCAUUUUUGGUAAGCCAAUAUAUUCAUUUUGUUUUUUUUUUUUCUUGAACUUUUAUGAAGCUUCUAAGCAUAAUCUCCAUAUUGACCACACGCAACUUGGGUGCAUGGCAGAUUUGCAGGUCCUGAAGCUAGUAUCUCUGAGAGAAUGAAGAUAGAGAUCCUGAUCCAAUAUGCAAGACCGAUGAUGAUUAUUGCAGCAAAAAUUUUCCCCGUCCCGCCGCCCUAGCUAGCUAUAGCUACCAUUUCCUACUUUUUAAUUUCCAGCUUUUGAUCAGUUUCAAUACCCUUUCUAUUUCUAUAUCAUCUUCUUAUUUUUAAUUAGUAGGUUCGUUAGAUUGGAUAGAUUGUUGAUGGUUCAAGAUUGAAGUUUAGCAGAGAGGAGCAAUAGGUUCUUGUUUGCAUGUUUAGUUUAGUAGUACUUCUUCUUAACUAGAGAGCUAAUCAAAUCUUGUAUUCUCUCUGUUUGUUUCACUCUAAAUUAAUCAAUAUAUCUCAUUUUGUGUUCAUGAG